AUGAUAACAGCUCCUCCAGUUUUCUUUGACCCUUCACAAGUUCAAUUAACUAUGCCUAAUGUUCUAUAUCCGCCUCCUGCUCAUUUUCCUGGUCUUCCUCCUCCUCCUUCUCCACCAGCACUGGCUUCAUCAAAAUCUAGUUUAUUAGAUGUCUUGAAAAUUCUGGUCAGUUUACUUAUUGUUUUAAUGCUUGGCGCUAUUUUUGCCGUUCUUGUAUUCUUACCACGUACAUCAAAUCAAGUUGAUUUACGUGAAUCGAAUGAAAAAAUUGCUAAACUGAUAAGUGACUCGAAUGAAAAUAUAGCACGACUACAACGUGAACAAAUUUUGUAUAUCGAAAAUGAACGUCAAAUACGUCAAGAAGUUUUAAUUGAAAAACAUCGUUUAGAAGAUCGAUUGUUUAAACAACAACAUUAUGAACAACAGUUAUCUAUUGAAAAUCAACGUCUCGAACGUCAAUACAACUUAACUGAAAAACAUCGUUCAGAAGAUCGAGAAAUUGAGCAACAACGUCAUGAACAAGAUUUGAUAUUUGCAAUACAAAAAUCGAAACAACAAUUUGAAAAUGAAGAAAAACGUUUGCAAAUAUUUUAUGAAGAAAAACAAUUCAAUGAACAACGUAGAAAAGAAGAUCUGAAUAAAGAAAAUGACAAAUUGUUAACGGAUUUUAUGUAUGAAACAAUGUCAACCCAACAACCAUUGAAUGUGGCGAAUUUCGAAUUGAAAGUUCAUUCAUUAAUACGUCGAUUUGAUUCUCUUCAUAAAUCAUUAUUGAUUCAGUUUUUAUACAAAUUUAAAUUUCUCUAUGUUAAACAUGCAAAUAUGUCACCUUUAGAUUUACAAGGUGCUAAUUUAAAAGAUCUUGAUUUAGAUGAUAUGGAUGCUGAAUUUGGUCAAAUCGGUCGUUGGUUAAAUUAUACUCAACUUUCAUUACCAUUGACAAAUUUAAUCAAUGCUUCAUUGGAACAGAUCUAUUUAAAUGAUGCUAAUUUUAGUGCGUGUAAUAUGACUGGCACUUCAUUUCGUUGGUCGGAAAUUAUUCGAACAAAUUUUUAUCGAGCUCAUUUAUCUCUUACUAAUUUUAUUGAUACUAAUGUAUCUCAAAGUAAUUUUUCAUUUACAAAAAUUCAUCGUGCUUCAUUUCGAAAUGCAAAUUUAUCUCAAGCAUAUAUGCAUAAUGCAAAUCUUGCAUCAACAAAUUUUCAAGAUAUCAUUGCUAUUAAAACAAAUUUUUCUGAGUCUGAAAUUUCGUCAGCUGAUUUUUAUUCAGCAAAUCUUUUUCAAGCUCAAAUGGUUGCUGUAGUAGCUCGAUCAACAAAUUUUCAUACUGCAAUAGCUGUACAAACAAAUUUUUCAUAUUCUAAUAUGCCAGGUUGUAUUUUUCAAUGGGCAAAUCUUACAAAUGCAUCAUUUAGAAAGACAUUUUUGAGUGGUGCUAAUUUUGAGAAUGCCAAUGUAAACAAUGUAGACUUUACUGGAGCUAUUCUUAUUGGCGCAAAGAUUACUCCAGGACAAUUAAAUACAGUUCUAUCCAUUGCACAAGCAAUUCUACCCGAUGGAUCAAUAGGAAAAAAUAAAAAUUUAGUUCAUAAUGGUAAUGCAGAAUGUUCGAAAGUUCCUGGCACAAUAGCCAAUUGGAAUACCAAUGGAGAUAUUCUCACUAAACAAGAUAAAUUUAGUACUGAAUGUGUUUUUCAAGCAAAAAAGAUAAAUGCAAUAUUACAACAAAAUAUUGAUUUACGUCGUUACGAACGAUUGAUUGAACAUGGACGAAGUAAAAUUUAUCUUGAAAUGCAUGAAAAAGCAGCAGAAGUAUCAGAUAAAUCUAAUCCACCUGCUUAUAUGAAUGUACGUUUUAUUGAUUCGAACAACAAUCAGAUUGGUCUUGAACAAUCAACAAUGAAUAUAGCUUCAUUUACAUCACCGUCAACAUUUAUUGCUACCAUUCCAUGUCCUUCAAUCACUGUUGAACUACAACUUACCAUUGUAUUUCGAGAACCAAACACGACUGUUGAUAAUAUUUAUGUAACCAUUGAAUAA